AUGACGCUGCAGGAGUUUUCGGACCUCGACCAACGAGUCUUUGCGCGCGUCUCGGCGCGCGCGGCUCAGCCGGCGCCGCUUUCGAGGUUGGAGGAGCUGGGAGACGAGAUACGGGUCGAGGGGGCUCGUGUGCGGGCGCUCGAGUUCAAGGCAAAGGAGGCUUUUCUGGCGCGGAGCGGACUUAGCGGCCAGGCGUUGGAGGCCGAGGAGAUGCGGUUGAUGCGGCUGAGGGAGGGGGCGAGCCUGCUCCGCAGGACGCCUGCCACGGCCACGCCCCUCGGGGCGAAGAAGGCGGGCAAGCGUGCCGCGGAGGCGGAGCGCAGGGCGAUUGCGCUUGAGAAGGAGGUGUGGGCACCCCCGCGACUGUGCCUCUUUUGGUACCGUGGCGUACCUGUGUCGUACCUGUGUGCUCCGCGCGACGCCGAGCUGAUCGGCUUGCUGCAGACGGCGAUGGCGGCGGCGCCGGCGCUGCCUCCGAACGCCUUUGGCAAGGUGUUCAGCUCGCAGGUGCAGGACAUGCUGGUGGCCGUCUACCUUGCCAACCUGACCCGCGCGCAGCUCGCCCUCGCCGAGAAGCUCCAGGCGGUCGCGAUCUAA